AUGUCGAUACCCGAAAGUGGCCUGGUCCUCCAUGGAGUAGCUGCUAAAGACGACGCCUCGAAGUACGUGCCGGACCCUGCGAUACUGGUCAAGCUUGACGACAGUCUGCUCGAAGAUGUCAAGACUGCCUCGUCGAGAAAGGAGGACUUCCAGUUCCUGACGGGGAAUUUCCCGAGAAUCCGACUUGGAAAAAAAACCUUCGACCUUACAAUCUCGAACGAAACCUUCAGACACGAACUGUACAGUGCUUCCAGUGAGGCAUUCGGAGACCUCAGCUUUGCUGGUGUGGUGGGUCACCGGGCGGAGCUCAGUCUACCAGAGAGGAAACAAAGUCUGGGCAGUGAUGCAGCCCUAGCAGCUCUGCAGAACAGUUUAGCAUCGUACAAGCAGGAGAAGGAAGCAAAAGCCGUGAACAUCAGCAACAAUGUGGUCGCUGUGCCCAAACAUCGAUUCGAGGCCUACCAUCAGCAGAAGCAGGCCAGACGGCGAGGGCUCCUGGGCUCUCAGCCAGCAAGUCCUUCCCUCAAUGCCUCAAAGACACCGAACGCAGGUAUCGCGCCUACUUCGAUGCCGGCCAGUGACGCUGCGGCCAGGACCCAGGCGAUGCGGACUCCGCUCAUACAUCUGCUGGCGAUAGGACCGCUCUCACGGGACAGCAUCUUAGAAAGAACGCGGAUACCGAAGGACGAUUUGGAUGCAGUGUUGGAGAAGAUAGCAAAGCAAGAUCAGGGGAAAUGGCAACUGCUGGACAGAGCCUACAAAGACUUGGAUGUCUGGAAGUUUGGAUACGGCUCGCAGGAAGAUCGAGACCAGGCAGUGAAGAAUGCCAUACGAUCUUACGACAGGAUGAGGAUUGGGAAGGACGAAAAGCUCUGGCAGAUGCUGCUGCCAAAGGAGGACAGAGAUAAAGGCAUCAUUCUGUCGAAGCUGCACCUGGGAGCUGCACCAGCUGCAGGCCUGACACCGAACCUGGCUGUCAGUCCGCUGGUACAUGGAGAAACGGCAGGUGACAGCAAGAUUGCCAGUACCGCAAACACGCCACGCCUGGGGCCGUCAGCGACUCCCAAGGCCACAUCAGGGAAGAACGAAGGAGGAGCACUUGCCAAAAGAUUGUUUUCAAAGGAUCCUAAGAAACAACAGCAGCAACGUGCAAAGGAUGAGGCGAAGGAGAAGAAACGAAAAGAGAAGGAUGCUGCAGCAAGCGACCGAGAGAGCGGCAAGCCUGCCAGGAAGAAACAGAUGACGAGCAAGACGAGCGAUCCCAAGGUGAAGUCUGCAGAGUUUGUGCGGAGCUCCAGCGAUGAAAGUGAAGGCGAACUUAGGGAGUUGGGAAGUGCGACCAGCAGCAGCCAGCCGAGAGCAGCUGCAAACGCUUCACGGCCCCUGCCAAACGCGACCGCCAAGAAGACGGCAACGAUCAUGGCAGCGAGAUUUCCUAGUAGUGGCGAAGCCUCUGCUAGAGCAAAGGCUAGACCGUCUGCUACUUCAACACCCAAAAGUGGUGCAGCGACAUCGAAAGUUCAGCCUACGACUGCAAUCAAAACGACCAAACCCAUACCACCGGGCAAGAGCACUCCCAACGGAGUAUCAGCUUCUUCUUCGCAAGGUCGGAGUCAGCUGAGCCCGCAGAAACUCAAGCACAGGCCGACUGCUCCUUCUCCACUGGGUGCUGCUCGCCCUCGGGUGGCUUCUGACGUUUCAGACAGAGGCGUUGUUGGUGUGCAGCGCAUAAGGCAAGGCGCAGAAACACCAAAAGGACUCGGCAUCACCAACGGUUUCAGGAAGCGACACGAUACCGUCACGAGCAACGAGUCCCACGGCUCGAAUCGAUCAGAGAGGAUGUCAGGAGAAGCCAAGAAGACGACUUCAGACAAGACUCCAAGGCCUACCGUCAAUGGCACAGGUACACCAAAGUCACACUUGACGAAUGGCAACUCGCAGAAGUUGACGAACGGGCUAAAGCGCAAACCUGCAGACUCGCCCAGCCACGGCAACGAGAAUGGUCCUGCUGCUAAGCAUCGCAAGACGGAGUCCUCAUCGUCCCAGUCGCAAAAGUCGCAAAGUAGUGACUCUGCGGGAUCCAUCAAGCGACGGGACAGCGAUACCAGCACCACGUCGGAGAACAAAUAUUCGGAGGACCGCGACUUGAGGUUGAGCUUCGAGAGAGGUGUCGACUUGGCUGCCGUCUUCAACAAGCAAUAUCCUCUGUACACAAAGAUGUACGAUGAGCAAUGCGCUAUGGAGAAGCGAGGGGAAGUGGUGCCUUUGGAGGACAGGCAGAGAUUUGGCAAGAUGCAUCGCAGGCUGGCGCAGAUGAAGCGGGAGAUUCAGUCGGCGAGCACGAGAGAGCACGAGGGUAGUCGCUGA